AUGUUUAAGCUGUUUGUGUCAAAGCUUCCGAAGAGUGUUUCUGCAGAGGAGACUGGAGACUUCCUCGCAACGCUUUUCCCUGAAGCCGUACACAUUCAGCUGCUGCAGGGUUCACGCAGCGGGACUCACAAGGGACACGCUUACCUCCACUUCAAGAGUGAGGUGGCGGUAACUGACGCACUUCGACGACUAGAGGAGGGACCACCACUGAUCUUCCAUGAAGUGUCAAUCCACGUGAAACGUGCCAGUCGUGUUGAGACGGUGGAGCAUGGCAGCUUGCCCCCUCAAACCUUACCCCCACAGCUUGCACACUACGCACACUCCAUGUGCGCAACGGUUUCCUCGUCUGCAGUUGACGCCCUUGACGGGGUCGUCGCCCGCUAUGAGCUCAGCGACGGUGUCACGGCUGUGGCUUUUGGAUCAGAAGUCCAAAUGACUGCUGCACUGGAGUCUUGCCGGGGAAACGCGUCAAGGUGUUUGCCUCCACUCUUGCCAGAACUUUUAUCAUCACACAAUACGCGAAAGCGCAGACGUGGUGAUAAAGAUGAUGACGGGGGUAGUCAUCGUAAGGAGGAACUUAAAGACUUCCAUGACACCGGCGCAGGCGUAGGCGAUGGACCACUUACAUUGGGGAGUGGUGCGGAUAUGGUGGCGUCGUAUGAGAGGCGUGGGCUAGUGCCACUCACUCCAGCGACAGCCUUGACCCUGCUGCGGGAUUUCAUGGAGGGGCGUGGUCGUAUUGCUCUGAAGGAUCAUAAGGGUCACAUCGCGGUGAUGCUGCUGCCAGCACAUGCAGCGGCUUUGGAGUGA